AGGGGAGAAAUAAACAUGUCUGUUGUGCCCUGUCCAGGUUUCAUUGUCUUCGUGGGACUCUACCUGAUGUUUGGAUACGGGGCCUCCCUGCUUUGCAACCUCAUCGGCUUUGUCUACCCGGCUUACGUCUCUAUCCGCGCAAUCGAGAGCCCCGACAAGGAUGAUGACACGAUCUGGCUGACCUACUGGGUGGUGUACGGCACUUUCAGCGUGGCAGAGUUCUUCUCCGACACCUUCCUCUACUGGUUCCCCUUUUACUAUGCCGGCAAGUGCGUCUUCCUGCUCUGGUGCAUGGCGCCCUUCUCGUGGAACGGCUCCCAGCUGCUGUACCACAACGUCAUCCGGCCCUGGUUCUUGAAGCACCACAAGACGGUGGACAGCGUCCUCAGUGACCUCGGCGGACGGGCUGUCAGCGCCGCUUCCAUGGCCUCCCGGGAAGUGUCCAAAGAAGCCCUAAAACGAUCUCUGCAGGCAGAGGACUGAGCGACGCCGUUUUAACAAUCAAAAAUAAAGGAUGCUCAGAUUUGAGCUGGAGGCUCAGGAAAGACGGCGUCCUUUUUCCUGGUCCUUUUCUGGUGAUUUGAACUCCUUUCCCUAGCUGAGCUCCUUUUCUGGCCGCUGAGAAGGCAAGUGGCAGAAACCGGGCAAGCCCUUGCUGACGUAGGAGGUGAGCUUGGGGUAUUCCCAGGUGCCAGGAGAGGCGGCUGCUGUCUGGAUUUUUGCAGG